AUGACAAACUAUUUGGUACAUAUUUUGCAUGAGAUCGUGUCUGAUCUAAUGAUCGGAGGCUUUAUGGCAGCACUGUUUAUACUGGCGCUGUUCCACAAUUUAUUCUCCUCGCAUAUAUUUGGUAAUAAAGAUCCGCGUGAUGUAAGGAAGUCAUCCACUAAGAUAUAUCCAGAGAGACACAAACACAACAAGUCUCAUGGCAGAGAGAAGUCUCACAAUCGCGGGAUGUCCACAUCCUCAACCACACCUUUGGAUAUAGAGGUUGAUGAGGACAAUAACAUAGAGUACGAUAAUACCAUCACAGGGUCUCCAGAACCUUCUACGCUGAAUGAAGAUAGCUAUGAAGAAAAUAGGCAAUUUUAUUUAAACAAUAUCACCGAGAAUCCCUUCGACAGUAUAUCAGAAGUUGAAGAUUCACAGUUAGUACCGAAUCUUGAGUAUUACUACAGCCAAUAUAAUAUCGAGAUCGAAACUUUUAGAAUUGAGACAAAAGAUGGAUAUAUAAUAGACCUUCUCCAUAUGAAACACAACGAGCCUGGUAUGGAAAACAUUCAAAGAUACCCUCUUUUACUUUUACAUGGAUUGCUACAAAGCUGUGGAGCAUACGCUUCAACAGGCAGAGCCUCUCUAGCUUACUUCUUUCAUCAGGCCGGUUUUGAUGUUUGGUUAGGUAACAACAGAUGUGGCUUGAACCCAGAUUGGAACAAAAAUAAGAUAGAUAAACCCCAUUGGUUCAAUAAGUGGGAUUGGGACAUUAAAGAUUUUGUGAAGUAUGAUAUCAGAGCAUUAGUGGAACAAGUUAAAAGCAGGACUGGUUUUUCAAAAAUUACUUUAAUAGGCCAUUCUCAAGGAACAACACAAAGUUUGCUAGGCUUAAUCAAUGGUCCAGAACUUUAUGAUGAACCAGAUAAAUUCACACUAAUUGAUUCCCUAGAUAACUUCAUUGCCCUGGCACCAGCAAUAUAUCCUGGCCCACUACUAGAUGAAAAAAUGUUUGUGAGAUUUAUGGCGGCUAGCAUAGAUAGCCCCUGGGUGUUUGGACAGAAAUCUUUUAUUCCUUUCAUGAUGAGAAUGAGAAAGUUAAUGGCUGGAACCAAGAUGUUCUCUUUUUUCUCAUACAUCAUGUUCAAUUAUAUGUUUGAUUGGAAUGAUAAACUAUGGGACAAGAAACUAAGAGACCGCUGUUUCCUUUUCUCCCCAGUUUACGUGUCAGUCAAGCUAAUGAGAUGGUGGUUAACUCCGGACAGAAGUAUUACUGGAUUUAAAAAUGGUGCACAUAAGCUUUUCCCCGACACCAAAACAUGGUUUCCUGUUCUAUCUGAUACCUCAUCAUCAAGCUCUUCCUUAAACCUAAAGAAUGUCCCUAAUCAUUUAAAUGCUCCUAGAGAGACUGCAAAUGAUUUCCCACAUAUCAUGCUUUUUGCACCAAAACAAGAUAGAUUAGUGGAUGGGGAAAGGUUAAUCAACCACUUUAUAAAUUACGAAUCGCGUGAUAUCUAUAAGAUCUGGUAUAUCGAUGAGUAUUCGCAUUUAGAUGUCCUAUGGGCAAAAGAUGUCAUCGAGAGAAUAGGGAAACCAAUUGUUGAGAACAUGAGAAUACCAUCUAAUGAAACAGUGCACAACUGA